AUGACGCGGCACUACGGCCUCCUAAUCUACCUUCUGGUCUCACAAGCAAUUUCGUAUUCCGACGACUUACAUAAACACCCCUUUGAAGCGAAAGAUCGUCUGGCUCGACUUUUUGAUAGCAUUGACACUUUCCACGACGGAGAAUUGGACAGUAACGAAUUGGCGGCAUGGAUUGACUCAGUCUUCAGUCGAACAGACAGAAAGUCGGCAAAGGAAAUGCUCCGAAGGUUGGACAUCGACAAAGACGGGUACGUAUCCAUGGCAGAGUACCUAAGUGACAACUUUGGUUAUACUCUACAGGAGAUCGACGCAAUACGCAGGGAUGAAUCGAAUGAAUCCCAACAGAUUUUAGAGGCCGUAGAUGAUGAAAUAGAGAGGUUUACGAGAGCAGAUAUGAAUGGUGACGAGCGGUUGGAUGCGAGGGAGCUCGCAGGUUUCAACUCGCCAUACCACUAUCCACACAUGGCACCCUACGUUGUGGGUGAGAUGCUGCACUACCAGGAUUACAAUGGGGAUGGAAGACUGGGACUAGAAGAAUACCUAGCCAAUUCGAAGGAUAAUGAAAUUUUGGAGUACGAGAAGGGACAGUUUUCGUCUAUCGAUAAAAAUGGGGAUGGGUACGCAGAUGCGGAAGAAUUGAGGCUUCAUUACAUUGAAGGUAGGCAUGACGGUACCACACGAACGAAAAAGGUCAAAAUUCCUAAAAGGUCCUCUAGUCGACUGGCGUAG